AUGUGUACAGAAGCGUUGAUCUCACUUUUGAAUGGAGCGGAAGCAGAGAAAAAGAUUGUAGGUCUCCGUGUUGCUAGGGCGAGCCUAAAGAUAUCUCACCUUCUUUUUGCAGAUGACAACCUUUUCUUCUGUAAGGCGGAAUUAAGCCAAUGCAAGGAGAUCAUGGACAUUCUAGAUAUAUAUGGGAAGGCAUCAGGACAGCGACUAAAUGCGUCCAAAUCAUCGAUGUUUUUUGGAAACCGAGUGGAGUAUUCUCGGAAGCAAGAUAUAAAAAAUGUCUUAGGUUUCUCUUCAGAAGGAGGCAUGGGGAUGUAUCUUGGAUUACCAGAACAAAUCGGUGGCUCGAAUAUGAAAGUAUUCUCCUUUGUACAAGAUCGGUUCAAUGGACGAGUUAACACUUGGUCAUCGAGACUCCUUUCCAAAGGAGGAAAAGAAGUUCAAGUCAAGUCUGUGGCUCAAGCAGUCCCGACUUUUGUUAUGUCGUGCUACUUGCUUCCACAAGGCAUUACCAAUAAACUAAGGAGCACAACGUCUAAUUUUUGGUGGAGUUCAAAACAAAACAGCAGAGGUUUACAUUGGAUAGCAUGGGACGAGAUAUGUACCCCUAAAGAUUUGAGGGGAUUAGGUUUUCGCGAUCUUCAUGAUUUCAAUAUAGCGCUUCUUGCAAAACAAUUGUGGAGACUAAUUCAUUACCCGAACUCCUUAUUAGCGCGUGUGCUAAAAGGAAGGUACUAUAAUCACACUUCUCCUUUGGAAGAUAAACGUACAUACUCACCAUCAUAUGGAUGGCGUAGUAUCAUGGCAUCAAAACCUCUACUCAUAUCGGGCUUAGGGAAAACGAUCGGCACAGGUCAAGAUACAAGGGUUUGGAGUGAGUCUUGGGUUCCAGAUGCAGUGGCUCGACCACCUAGAGCCGCCGACCACAUUGUAUACAGACUACCCCAACUUCUUGUUCAGUCCUUUAUUAGGAAUGAUACCAAGAGUGGGAUAUACAACUUUUACGUUAUCUCGGGUUGUGUGGCGACGGCCGAAAGGCUCAUGUAUAGACACCUGGGCACCGGUAGGAGUUGUCCUAGAUGUGCUGGCCCAGUGGAGUCGAUUAAUCAUCUUCUUUUUGAAUGCCCCCCUGCUCUACAGGUUUGGGCUUUAUCGGACUAUUCGUCCCUUCAGGGUUACUUCCCGAGUACAUCAAUAUACCAAAACAUGAACUUUCUGUUUUGGAAGAGAAAAGAGGUGGCUCCGCUGAGACCACAAUUCGAUACCUUCCCAUGGAUGUGUUGGUACAUUUGGAAGGCGAGGAACGACAAACUCUUUAAUGGUAAAGACGUAUCUCCAUUGGCUACUCUCCAACAUGCGUCUCUCGAGGCAGAAUGUUGGAAGAAGGCUAAUGCAAAGGAGGAAACAAAUGAGGAUCAUGAUGAUCCCCUUACUACAGAGGUUGAGAUAGAGCCCCCUUGGAUACCUCGAAUCCCUACCUAUCAAAUUGAUGCAUCAUGGAUCAAUAAUAGCAGCGUUAGUGGCUUAGGGUGGAGUCUUAAGGAUGAAAUGGGCUCAGAGUACUUCGGAUUACGAGCGUGUAACCGGAGCCUCUCGGCUUUGCAUGCUGAGAUGGAAGACCCAGUGGAUUGGCCAGCAUUCGCGACAGAGAUUGAGAUGUUCCAGAGGUUACAUGAAAACUUCGAGGAUGUGAAUCUGUCUCAUAUUCCUCGGAGUAGGAAUGGUCGGGCAGACGCGCUAGCGAAAGAAGCAAGAACGAGAGGCUAUGCUUUUUCCCAUAUAGAUCAGACCCGAACAGAUGGAGAUGCUCUUUGGAGAAUCGACUCGUCUGCUCUCCACUUAAUCUAG